AUGCGUUCGUUGGGCACCUUCAUUGGCCCUUUCGGGAGCACUCUUCUCUGUCUCCUGCCCAAGGAAGGGCUAUUCAACGAGCUCAACUCGGCAGGCUGGGCGAUCGCAGCCGCGAACCUCUUCGGCGUUGCGCUGUGUUGCUGUGGAGUUCUCAGCUGCGAUCCUUUGAUGUUGAACAAGCUGCACGGUCAAAGCAAUCAGGUCCCAGCAGCCCGCAGCUUCCCGACCACCACUGUGAUCUGGACAUGCCUCUUGUUCCAGGUAACGACGGCACUGCUCCUGGCAGUGCUUGAAGUGGUUCCGCCGAUAGUUCUCACAGACGAGUUUCGGCUGCCACCAGCGGCAACCUCGAUCCUUUUCGGCAUCGCGUCGCUGGCAGUCAUCGCGCUCUUCGCGCUGGUUGAGGUGAGAGAUCAAGGGAAUGUACCGAAGUGUGCGGGUGUGUGA